AUGGCGGCCCAAGCAAUAAUAGAUCCACCGUGUUGUAUGUGCUCGUUCGCGAGAGGUCGUGAAGAAAAGGAGUUCACGGCUUUAGAAGGUAUGCCGGGAGGUUCGAUUAAGCUUAUGAGGGAGAUGCCAACAUCAGCGCUGACGAGGUGCAAGGCCGGGAGUUUGGAGCCGGGACAUCAUCAUACUUUUGGUCACGAUGCUGUGGUGAUAAAGGGGAGAUUGACGGUGUGGAAUUUGACGAAAGGGGAAAAGUACGAUUUGGGGCCCGGAGAUUAUUGGUUUACUCCGGCGAGAGAUGUGCACAGGGUGAAGUAUUAUGAGGAUACUGAGCUUUUUAUAAAGUGGGAUGGGCUUUGGGACUUUUUCAUCGAUGAAGAUAGGGACGCUGCCAAUGCUGCCAUUGAUGCUGAGAAAAAUGCUGCUGCACCUUAG